AUGAAAUGUGAGUGCGUUUCUUUUAAAAUCUGGUAUUGAAAGGCGAUUUUCAGACUUUUCAGUCAUUAUAUUUCUGAUAUGCAUUGUUCUCGGAUAUGGUUACGAGGAUUGGGCUACCUGUGAGGUACGGUAGUUCCUUGCCUUCCGAGAGUGAAAUGAGAACGUUCAGAAGUAUCCAAAAGACUUCAUGUGUUAUGACUGGUGUCUCCGUCUGAAUAGAUACACGGAACGGUACUUGAAGUGAGUUUCUUCCUCCCUGACCCCAAAUCAAGAUACUCUGCUGCAGCAUCCGUGAAUCAACUGGCCGACAGUGGCAGGAAUUCACAAAGAUCAUAAUCAACUCUGUCAUUCCGGCCGCCCUUCUCGUUUUCAUCUGGAUUCGAUUGCGAAAGACUUUCGAAGCUCGAGCUGCCGAGCUGAAGAUGAGAAUUCAUAAAAAGAAACUGGAACUGCUGCAGAAGGAUCAGACGAAACGGGACCUGCCGGGCAGGCUUCUCGAGGACGAGAAACAUCCGGAUUCGGUUGAGGAACGGCCGCUCGCAGAGUCUGUCGUGCAGAAGAUGUGGAGGAAGAAGACGAAUGCGACGAGAUACUUGAAGUUCAGAAUGCGAAAGACGGUGGGUGACUGGGGAAAAGAGGGAACCGAAUAACUGAUGUUCAGAGGGAAGAAAGAGAGGAAGCGGAUCCGGAGCGGUACGAACACACUGACAGAGUGCAGUUGUACCAGAAAGUCGAUUUAUUGGAAGUGAGGAUGAGGGAUAUUGUAUGAAAAUUAACAAGAGCAUUUCAGAUGGUCGCUAAGGAUGAGGCUGAUAAUGGAGCCUAUAAUAAUAAUUUGGAAAUAGACAAUGAGAAGGUGGAAGUGGAUUGGCAGAUAGAUGCUAUCAAAGAGAAUGGACAGGUAUUUGAAGAGAGAAGUGCCUUCAGCAUCCUCUUAUUCAGACAAUCGCGUCGUUCACUUCCGAGUUGGAUAAAACGAGAAAAGGCCGUUAG